CAGGGGGGGAAAUGGAGAGGAGGCUGUUAAAGCCCUUGUCUGCCAACCGAAGUUUCUCUGGAGCUGCCUUGAAUAAUAUGACAGCGUCCGGGAUAUUUACCAGAAAAAGUUUGUGUCCUUGUCUCAUUUAAUAUGCACGUCCUAACCAUAUUGUAGUAUAAAUCUUUGCUGCGCAGUGAAAUAAAUAUGGGAUGCUUAAGUGAAACCCAUAAACAGGGAAUUGGAGGGUUACAAAUGGACAGAAGGCUUUGUGAUGUAGCGCUGGAAGGAGAUGUUACCUCUCUUUGUCAGUUAAUUCAUGAAGAUCCACUUGUUCUUGAUAAAGCUGCUUUGAAGUGCUUGGAUAAGAAUCCUCUUCACAUAGCAGCAAUAUUGGGCCAUGUAGAUUUUGCAAAAGAAAUCUUACAAUUUGAUUCUGCUUUUUUUAUGUGUUUGGCCCGUGAUCGAGAUGGCAGAAACCCUUUACAUCUUGCUGCCAUGUAUGGAAAAGUGGCGGUCCUGUUAGUGCUAAUUCGUGCCGAAUUUCAAGCAGCUCUGGAGAAGACAGAUGGCGGGGGAACCGUUUUGCACCUCUGCAUCAAAUACAAUCAGCUGGAAGCAUUGAAGAUACUGGUUGACAAAUUAAAAGAUCCAGAGUUUGUGAAUGCCAAAAAUGAAGAUGGCAUGACCAUAUUGCACCUGGCCGUAUACUAUGGGCAAUAUCAGACCAUCAAAUUCUUGCUAGUUGACGCUGGAGUAGAGGUGAACAUCAGGAACGCAAACGGGAAAACCGCGUUGGACCUUCUGUUUGGGCAGGGAGUCACCAAAAGUUCAGAAAUUUCAAGGUCUCUUCAGCAGUCUGGUGCCUUGAAAGCAAAGGAUAUUCGCUCCCCUACUGACGACCGGAAGCUCAAGCAGCUAGAGUGGUUCGAGAAAAGCAGAGAAGCAAUAAUGGUGGUGGCCAUACUUAUUGCUACCAUGGCUUUUCAAGCAGGGAUAAGCCCUCCAGGAGGUGUGUGGCAAGAUGACUUGUUAGUAGGACCAAAUCCACACACAAUAGGAGAAGCUGUUAUGGCACAAAAGCAUCCAAAAUAUUACUGGCUUCUGAUUCGGGCAAACACAAUAGCAUUUGUUUCAUCUCUGAGCACAAUUAUUUUGCUCAUUCGUGGGUCGAGCAUCUCCAGCAAGUACUUGAUGCCGCUGUUGGCCUUCGUCAUGUGGCUAGCCAUUGCAGCCAUAGCCAUAACUUAUGCUAUAGCACUUGUUACAGUAGCACCAAAAGGAGCAAGAGGGCGGCAAUUGGGUAAUACAAGUGAUAUUCUAGUCAUCCUACUCAUGGUCUGGAGCGGUUGGAUGGUCACAACCCUGUAUGAGAUAAACGCUCUGUUCAAGAAAUGGCUGAAAAUUCGUCGGAUGGACAGCAGAGGCUACUCGUUUUCUGAUUUUGGCAGUCAGGUGCUCUCUCGGCUCAGCUUGCGGGCACCUAGGUCCAGUGGCGGAGUUACUCCAUGUACCCCAGCUACCCCACUACCUUGACUUGUGGUUUUCUGUUCCUGGUGAAAUUUAACGAUUAAUUGUGGAAA